ACAUUUUUCAAGCUUGGGUGGAAAAAAUUUUCAAGAAAGAAAAGUAAAAAAUCCGGGCGGGAGCAGUAGACUCAAAGCGUAAAUCAGAGGGCAGGUGCCAAAACAGCCGCAAAUAGUUAAAAGCAGAGCUGCAGCAGGAACAGAUCAGCUGUUUCCCUCUCUUUUCUGUCAGCGGGAAAAAUCAGAAAGCUAAAUAAAAAAAUAUGGGAAGUUCGUCGAAGGAGGAGACGGCAACCGACGCCGAUACGUCGAGCGGCGACACUCCUCCCUCCAAUUCCAACCUCUUCUCCGAGGGCGAACGUGUUCUCGCCUAUCACGGCCCUCGUAUCUACGAAGCUAAGGUUCAAAAAGCAGAGCUUCGGAAGAAGGAAUGGAAAUACUUUGUUCAUUACCUUGGUUGGAAUAAAAAUUGGGACGAAUGGGUAGGUGCUGACCGGCUGAUGAAACAUACUGAAGAGAAUGUCAUAAAGCAGCAAGCACUUGACAAAAAACAGGGUGUUGACAAAAGUUCAAAGUCUGGACGUUCUGCUCAGACCAAGCCAAAAAGCUCUGCUGAUGCAAAAGCGGAUAAAGAGGACCUGAAGAACACUGUGGCAAAAGGGAAGAAGAGAAAGAGUGACUCAGGUGUUGAGAAGGAUAAUUCGUCCAUGGAAAAGCUUGUCAAGAUCCAAAUUCCAUCAACACUAAAGAAGCAGCUGGUUGAUGAUUGGGAAUUUGUUACUCAACAGGAUAAGCUUGUUAAACUUCCUCGAUCACCAAAUGUUGAUGAUAUUUUGACAAAGUACCUAGAAUACAGGUCCAAGAAGGAUGGCACAAUGACUGAUUCAAUUGGAGAAAUCUUGAAGGGGAUUCGCUGUUACUUCGACAAAGCUUUACCUGUGAUGCUUCUGUACAAAAAAGAGCGCCAACAAUACCAAGAUGUAGUCCUUGAUGAUGUCUCUCCAUCAACUAUAUAUGGUGCUGAGCAUUUACUACGCCUCUUUGUUAAGUUUCCUGAGCUUUUGGCAUAUGUGAAUAUUGAAGAGGAAACAUUAACCCGCUUGCAACAGAAGUUAAUGGAUUUUCUCAAGUAUCAGCUCUCUCCUCAUUGAUUUUAUUUUAUACUAUUUAGAGAGCAUUCAAUCUGUUAAACUCUGAUUUAAAUUCAAUGAAGGAGAGAUAAAAGUUUGCAUCGUUGUCAUCACCGUAGCAUAUAGUUAGAAGUUAGAACAUAUAAUUACAAUUUGUGUCUUUUAUAU